AUGACUUCUCCAGCGUCGGUUUCCGCGCCGGUUGCCGGUGUGCUCAAGCGCGAGUCGCCGCUAUCCAAUUUGGCUUCUUUGCUUUCGGAAGCCACAACGCCUUCGACGCGCGACUCUAUCGCUGCGCAACUCACGCUGCUCGAAAGUCAAAGCUCCUCGCAAGGUCUCUCGACGUCCGAAUUGGAAGUGCUCAUCUCUCUGUGCUUAUCGCCACACACGGCUGCUGCUACAGCGCUCAAACUUGUCAGAUGCGCCGUCCCGAGACGAGGGGCAAGAGUGAGAGGGGCGUCGGUCAGAAAUGUGUUGGCUUGUUUGGGUAAAGCGCCAGCGCUUGGUGAUGGCGUCAGGGGGGAGAGGAGGAGGGUAGAGGUGGAUGUCAGGGUGCAGGUGAGCAAAAUCAUGUAGCCGGCCGGAGCGUGAUGGGUUCUGCGCUCCCCAAGCUCUCGCGCUGACUGCCCAGCCUCCUCGAUGGAACAACACCGUCAGGCAGCGCUCUUGCGCCUUCUUCUUUGCAUGCUCGAACCUCCUCCGACGUUGCCCAAUCUCUGGGCAGCAACAGAUCCCUCCUUGUCGGGUGCAGCCUCGUCGACCACAACGCUCCCAGCUUCCUUUCUCACUGCUCAAGCUCGAACCCAGUUGGCGCGCGCUUAUGGCGUCCUCUUUCAUUUCCUAGACUACUCCAUUCCAAGGUGCGUAUCGAGCCGACUUGCGACCGAGCUUGACGCUGCUUAGAACCCUCUUUCCCCUCUAUAGAUCACACUUGUGCGCUCUGCUCUCUGCUCUGACGCGCAGAGCGCACGUCAAGCCGUACCGCAUCACCAAGCUGUGAGUGCUGUCGACACUACCCCUUUCCCCAUCGAUCACGCCUUUCUGACCGGACCCGACCUGCGCGCUUUCCCGCCAGCCAAUCCUUGCGUGCUCUGCAUCCCACCGAUGUAGCCCUGGCAUCCCUACUGGCCACGUACGGCACCUUUGUACCAUCGUUGCUCUUUGCAUCGCUACCUCCCUCCGUCGCGCUGUCUGGCGGCUUAUUGGCCCCGCUCAAACAUCCGGACACGAGCUGGCUAGAGAGGGUUUCGCGCACGCACACUUUCGAUGCGAGUGGUGAAUUGGAGGAAUCGCAUCAAGAAGAGUCUCGAGAAGAAGCGCUUGCGCGCGGUCGCAAGAGGGCAAAGUUGUUAAAGGGUGCCAUGAACGCUUCCAACGGAUCCAACAAUCGACAAUCGCUGCUGAAAGGUGCCGCGCUCGUUCCACCGCCCAUCUGCCACCCUCAGGGCAAGUCGCCGCUCAUUACCGAGGCCAGAUCGCUUCAAGCGCUUGGGCAGGUUCUUCAUCAGGUCAUUCUGCCUGCCCAUCUGGCUGCUGGCUUGGCACACCACCAUACCAAGCUGGCACUGCUUGCGUCGGACGAUAGGCCCGGUCUGGAACGCAUGGCCAAAUGGGCGUGCGCUAGGCUGCAGGAUGAGAUCGCAGGCGCUGUUGAAGCCGCAAUCGCCAGGGGCGCCAAGGGUAUUGCGGGUGGUGCGGGUCUUGAUGGGCACGUCGCGCAGUCUCCAGCAGCCCGAAGAGCGGCAGGACUAGUCGAUCUGGUCCAUGCGUUUUGGUCUCUGGUGGGCCUGCCAGCAUUCGCCGUUACUUGGCUCACUGCCACGAUAGGUUCUAGAACUAUGCAAGAGCGGCAAAGUCGCGAGCCGAGCCUGAUCCUUUUGGAUCUCGUUCAUCUGUUGCCCCCUGGUCCAUGGGCUCGCUUCCGCAGCGGCAUAUUGGAACCGCUUUGUGGUCCAUCCACCAAGAGCAUCUCUUCGGCGCAGGACAAUGCUAGGAUCAUCCAAGCGUUGGCUGAUCUGCUCCAACGAUGGUCUAGGCACGACUGGGAACGCGCAAAGAGGGACUUUGCGAAUCGAAGACAACACUAUUACGGAUUGACGCUGCUUGAUGCAAAGGUGGAUCAUGAGGAGACGCUGCGUCGCACAGCUGCUUAUGCAGCUCUGUAUGGCGAAAAGUGUCUGUUGAUGGUGAGUCAAAUGGUUGAUGGUCUCGACUGCGCAGGCUAACCAUGAAAAGCUCGCUCGCUUGCAUGCAGUACCCGCAAAGUCUCGCUGUGCAACACGCCGUGCUGCACCUGCACGACACCCUGUCUUCGCCCAGCAUCGCAGGAGUGCACAGCUCCGUCAUUCCCUCGCUCUCGACUUUGCUGCAGCUAAGUCUUUCGCGCGUCGGAGCUUUGUCCACCUUGUCCCGGCUCUGCUCCGUUCUGCAAUCCAUCCGUCAAGCUUUUGCGGCCCGUCAAGAUCUCUUGCAGUCGGACGCCCUUUCGGCCGCUCAAAAGACGUCGAGCGUGGCGCAAUUGUACUUUUCGGAAAAAAAGGGAAAUCGAUUAAACACCUUUGUGGUGCUGAUGGCCGACUUUGUGUGGAGGAACAAGGCUUUUGCAUUGCUGGAGGAUGGCAAGGUGGACGAAUCUGCUGCCGCAUCCGCGCCCGGCACGGCUGAAGAUCAAGAGGCGGAAGAGGAGGAGGAAGAGUACGAAGCGGACUGCGCUGCGGAGAUCAGCUUGUUGGCUAAAAAGGCGCUCAAACCGGCCACGGUUGGACAUGUCAAGUUGCUCCUCGACGACUGCGGUUUCGACGCGAUGUUGGGCGGCAGCUUGACGCACGGACCGGCCUUUGUGGGAUUGAUGGAAACGUACCUCAACAAGCUCUGCUCGCGCAAGACCAGCUCUCUCUCGACUGCUGCCAUCAAACGCACCAUCCACGGACCAGUGACGAACGGGACGUUUAGAGAAGCGAAAAAGAAUGGCCUGCUACCGGGCCAGAGCAACUUUUUGGAUUUGAGAAUCGGCUUUUUGGAGUGGAUACAGGCGGCGGGAGCUAGUGGGUUGGCAGAGCUGCUAAAGGCUAUUCUGAGCAGUUUGAGCAAGGGUUCGGCGAGCAAGGCCAAGUGA